AUGGCCUCCCAAACUCCUUCCUCAAGGCUCUCUGCCAUAGCAAGCCACCUUGGGAAUUAUCACUCCAUAAUGCCUACCUCUACUCAAGUUGCGGACCAAUUACCCUGGAAUCCUAACAACAGCAAGUUCCCUUCGCGGAAGGAGCUUCCACAACUGUCUGGCGCUCCUCACGGUGCUGCUUGGGUCUGGGGUAAAGAUGACGAGUUGGGCAGACUGAACCUCUUGACACCCCAGCGGGUCAAGGCAUCGGCCGCUGAGAUCGAAACUGGUGAGAUGGUCCGACUAGAUCUUCCUCUCACGGUGCCUGAGAAACCCGCGUUCGACCGCGAGUCGUUUCAACACAACAUCAAAACGCUGGUUGAGGAUGUCGCUUACGACGAUACGUAUACUAUGAAUACGCAGAGCGGAACGCAGUGGGACGGAUUCCGACAUUUCAGUCACAUUGACAGCAAGUGUUUCUACAAUGGAGCCAGAAGCACCGACUUUGUGGGCCCAACUGCAAACCACCGCUGUAGCAUCCACCACUGGGCCAUGCACGGAAUCGCCGGCCGAGGAAUCCUAUUAGACUACUACCACUACGCCAAAUCCAAUAACAAGCUCUACGACCCCUAUACAACACACAACAUCACACUCUCAGAGCUACAAGCAUGUGCGAAAUCCCAAGGUCUAGAUCUACGCCCGCAGUCUGAAGGUGGCGACAUCCGAGUCGGAGAUAUUCUCCUCGUACGCUCGGGCUUCGUAGAGCGGUACUACGACCUCACCUCUGAGCAACGGUAUGCAGCUGCGACACGCUCCCACGAAAAUCUGUGUUUCGCUGGACUUUCCCGCGAGCCAGCGAUUCGGGACUGGCUACAUGAUUGCUAUUUCGCAGCUGUUGCCGGCGACGCACCGACAUUCGAGUCAUGGCCCGUUCCUGAAAAUGAUUAUCUGCAUCAGAGCUUGCUGGCGCUGUGGGGAUGUCCUAUUGGUGAGAUGUGGGAUUUGGAGAAACUCGCUGAGAAAUGUCGGGCCCGAGGAAAGUGGUCUUUCUUCAUGACGAGUGCUCCAGCUAAUAUGCCCGGUGGGGUUGGUUCGCAUGCGAAUGCCACUGCUAUCCUUUGA